UGUGCGUGAAAAAAAUUAUGACCGACUUUGAGACUAUCUACAUACUUCUGAACGAAAUUGAAAACGAUUAUCCAGGUUUUGCUAUUGAAGAUUAUUUUGAGGAAAUUGGGAUAAGUCAGCAUGACUUUUUGAAUGGAUAUGGAGAUAAGAUUGUGAAAGACCAGAGGAUCAACACGCAGAAUACUAAGAAACUCUAUUGGGGUGGUAAUGAUGAUCAUGAUGUUGAUGGAGAAAAGAAACUUCGAGACGAUGUGAAACUCAUUGUAAAAUUUCAUCAGAAUCUCAAUAGGAAUCAGGAUGAAUGUGCAAGGGUUUCAGGAUACAGCAUAUUGGUGAUCAGUUUCCUUGUUGCUCUAGAUACUUGCUUCAAUAUAUUCUUGAUGUUAGAGGCGAAUAACCCUAAGAUGUUUAUGAACUAUGCUGCCGUCUGCAUUUGUACCAAUAUUCCUCUGCUACUCAACUAUUAUAUUGGUCAACAAAUUUCAAAUCAGAAUGAAAUAUUCCGCCAAUGCCUGACUGAGGUACCUUGGAUAGACAAACCUCAAUGGUUCAAGCAAAGUUUGCUCAUCAUGAUGACUCGGGCAAAUGUUGACACUCAGUUUAAACCAUACGGCGUUUUUGUUCUCAAUCUCACAUCCUACAAAGAUUUGAUGAAGGCUGCUUUUUCAUUUGGGAAUGUGCUAUACAGAAGGAAGCAGAUAGUGAACUAAUGGGAUGAUUUGAUUCGAAAUUGAAUUGAGGCUUAAAAAUCCAUCAUUCAAUAAAUACAAUUUCUUCGAUUAGCCCCAUGCAUCUUUGAUCUAAUAACACAAAUAUUGCUGUAAUAUUGUCG